AUGACGCUUGAAGAGCGACGAAUAGACGAAAACGCUCAGAAGAGCAAUUGUACGAUGACGCUUGAAGAGCGACGAAUAGACGAAAACGCUCAGAAGAGCAAUUGUACGGAAAUUAGUGGCGAGAAGUGCGUGGUGCUCUCCGUACAAGAGUUUUCAAAGAUUGAAAAUUACUCAGUUGAUCAGGAAGAACCUUUGCUGGUUGAAAAUCCCCAUCGCUUCGUAAUCUUCCCACUCAACCAUCACGAUAUAUGGGCUUUCUACAAAAAAGCUGUCGCAUGUUUCUGGACUGUGGAGGAGGUCGAUCUUGCGAAAGAUAUGGCUGACUGGGAGAAGUUGGACGGAAACGAACGCUUCUUCAUCUCUCGCGUUUUGGCGUUUUUCGCAGCUUCAGAUGGCAUCGUCAACGAAAAUCUGGUUUGGAUUUUAGUUUUCCAUUAA